AUGAAAUGUAUCCUCAACAAUGUAGCAACUGGUUGUGGAUCUACUGAUUUAUCUGCCACUUAUUACUGGAGAGCGUUUAACACACCCGGGUACUUUGGACAGGGGAGCUACUCCUCUAGAGCGGACUGUACCUGGAAAUUUACAGCACCUCCAGGGAAACGUGUUCGAUUACAAUUUGUUGGAUCCUUUGGAUUUCCAUGUUGGAGGAUCUGUUGGGAUUUUGUGGAGGUUCGCUUCAGGAGUCUUUCUAACACAGGCCCAAGGUACUGCUGUGGCACAAGACCCACACGAGUCUUCACGUCCGAUAGCCGAGUAAUGGUGGUCUUAUUUAGGAGAUUUUCCAAUUCAGUUGCAAAGGGAUUCAGAGCAAUGUUCAAAUAUGUCUAAAG